AUGCAACGGCGAGGAGAAGGCGCUUCUGCGCCCCAUCCGCCUGUCAGGAAGAAGGCGGAAAGAUCUGGUCGACAUCGACUGCAUGAGGUCACCAAGCAGCUGUUGCAGUGCAAGGCCGCCGGGCAGUGGCAGAGAGCACAGGAGCUCUUCCGGAACGCAGGAGCAGAGAGUGGGGUCCAGGUGGACAUUAUCGCCCUGGGCCUCGUCAUGGCGGCAGCGAAGGAGGGCCGUGGCUGGCAACCGGCUCUUGCGCUGCAGCAGGAAGCCUUGGAGCGAGCGCUGGAGCCAAAUCAGGUUACCUCCGGAACGUUGAUGAGCAGUUUCAGCAACGAGAACCACUGGAUGCAGGCAUUGAGCAUGUGGUCCCACAUCGGCGCGGGUGUCCUGGGCACGGUGGGCGCGAACGCGGCGACAUCGGCGUGCCAGGCACAGUGGCAGAUAGCCAGCUUGAUCUUGCAGACCGAGGCGCGGAAACGGACGGCUUUGGACAUCGUCAGUUUCAACACUGCGGCCAGUUGCGCCACCUGGGCCGAUGCCAUCCAACUGCUAGCUGCAGCUAGCGAGGCGAAGCUGCGCCGCAGCAUCGUCGGCGAGAAUGCCGCGCUGUCUGCGAGCAGCGAUGGGCCUGGCUGGAGGUUUGGCUUGGCGAUCUUCGGGCUCCUGCUCCCCAAAGGCCUCACCCCGUCCACCGUCACGCUGAAUGCUGCAGGUACCUUGUGGGUCCGCGUCUCCUCCUGGCCGAGGGCCAGCUCCAUGAUGCAGGAGAUGGUUUCAGGAGUAGCUCCUUACACGCCGGACUUGAUCAGUCACAACGUUCUCCUGAAUGCGCUGGAUCGCGCCGUGGCUCCGAGGAGCGCGCUGGACCUUCUCAUGAACAUGGCACGGCGAAAGCUGCGGCCCAAUGUGGUCUCCUUCGGCAGCGCGGCGAGCGCCUGCAGCCGAGGUGUUUUGUGGACUUCCUCCCUGUCGCUGCUGGCAGAGAUGGUCGCGCGAGGCAUGCAUCCUAGUGACCAGUUGCGGAAUGCCGUCAUCUCAGCCUGCAGCCGCUCCACGCUCUGGCAGCUGUCUGGUUUGCUUCUCUCCUCCCAGGAGAAGGUGGAUGAAGCGGGGCACGUGGCAGGAAUCUCCGCAUUCGAAGAGGCAGCUCGCUGGCGCGAUGCCCUCGCAUCGCUCCGCCUUGCACGGAAGAGUCUGCUCAACAGCGGGAUCCUGUUCGUCACGGCCUGCAGCGCCUGCUCACAAGGGCGGCGUUGGGAGUCCGCGGUGCUUCUUUGGAAGGCGAUGAGAGCGGCCGGUGCCGAGCCAGACGUCGCAGCAUACGGCGCACUGCUACAAGCACUGGUCUCCUCCAAUGUGGGCCACUGGCAGAAGGCGGUCCAAGUUCGCGCCGAGAUGGCUGCUCGAAAAGGAGUCACUCUGAGGACCGCGCUGGUGAAUAACUUCGCCCUGACAACCGCGGAGCAAGUGAGGCAGUGGCCCUGUUCGCUUCAGCUGCAUGCCCGGGCGCAGCAGGCCGGAUUGGCACCGGACGUCAACACCUUCGGUGUGCUCGUAGGGUGCCUCCAGGUCAAGUCACAAUGGGUCCGCUCCGUCGGCUUUCUCCAGGAGCUUGCCCUGGCAAGGCUGUCUGCUAACGAGCUGCACCUCGGUGCAGCUGUUGGGGCAACCGAGGCCUCUGGCGUCUGGCCCAUGGCAUCGAUGCUCCUCCAGAGGGCACGGUGGAUGAGGUUGCACCCGGGUGAAGCGGCAUAUGGAGCUGCGCUGCAGGCGGCUUCUGGGGAUCCUUCUGCUUGGUUUGCCGCUCUGGCGCUGGCGGAGGACCUGGCACAGUUCCGCCUGCUUCCCAUGAUUACUCUCCUGGCAUUUCGGCAUGAUGCUUUAGAGCGCGGUCUUCGCAGAAAGAGCCAGGCUGCCAACCUCGGUGCCAUGCAACACGAAGGUGCGCGAGUUCUCCUCCAGUCUGCUCACCAGCGUGUCGGAAAAGCGGUCCCGGGUUUCAGGUUUCGCUUAUUGUGUCAUGCAAGCCCCAAAACCUAA